AUGAAACUCAUUGUGGCUCUCGUUUGGGCCUACACCGCCGCGGCGGCAAUUGUUGGCCUCGACUUCGGCCAGCAAUUCUCCAAGGCAGUGUUGUUGUCCCCUCAGUACAAUUUCGCCGUCAUUGAAACCGAACAAGGCAAGCGGAAAGAUUUAAGUGGCGUGUGCGUUCGUCCUGGAUCGGGAUCGGGCGACGUCAAUCGUGUCUACGGGUCGCAAACGGGCUCGCUUUUCACUCGUUUCCCCCAGCUGUGUGUGGCUGACGUCAAGCUGGUGCUUGGCCACUCGCUCGACUCGGAGGCUGCUGAGGACUAUCUUGGCCACCACCAGGGCGUCGUCCUUGAAAAACUGAAACUGCGUAACGGUGCCAUCGUGUUUGACUUGGGAUUAGACAAUGACACCUACCAAUUCUCCCCUGAGGAGAUCGCGGCGAUGACGUUCCAAACGAUCAGAGACCGCGCUGUGGCCAUGCUCGAAACCGCCGGCGGCAUCCCCAUCGUCGACGUGGCGGUGACGGUGCUGCCAUUCGCUCUGCUGCUCACGCGGUUGGCGUACCUCGACGCGCUCAAGCUCGCCAACUUCACCCUGGUGCUUGGUCUCGUUGACGAAGGCCUGGCGGUGGCGCUCGACUACAUCCUGAAACAAAAGGACUUGUUGGCUAGUGAAGAUGAAUCUAAACUGUGGUUCUUGGUUUACGACAUGGGCGCUGGCUCGACCACCGCUACCCUCUUCUCGUUCUUGCCGGUGAACAACACCCUUGAGAUUGUCGAGAUCGGCGCCGACCCUUUGUUCGGUGGUAAACACUUGACUAACGUUGUCUAUGACAUUAUCCUUGCCAAGCUCACCAAACAAUUUAAGAUUAAGGACAAACAAGUCACUGCUAAGAUGCUGGCGAGAAUCAUGGAGCUGGCGGAAAAGGCUAAGCUGAUCUUGCUGGCCAACUCCGACACUCGUGUUCUGCUUGAACUGAUCUACGAUGACCAGGACUUCAAGUGCACCAUUACUAGAGAAGAAUUUGAAGACACCGUGGGCCUGGAAUGGUCGCGUGCGGUCUCUCCCAUCACCACUGCUUUGGAAGCCGCUGGUGUUGAUGCUAGCGACAUUGUGCUGGUGGUGUUGAACGGGGGCUCGACUAGAGUGCCUAAGAUUCAAUCACUUUUGGGCGACUUGAUCGGCGAAGAAAAGAUUUCCAAGCUGGUGAACACCGACGAACUGUGUGCCAUUGGCACCACCAUGCGUGGCUUGCAACUCAAAUCCCACAUCGCUCGUCCCAACGAAAUCAUCCUUGUUGAACAUGGCCAAUCGCAAUUGAGUAUUGGUGUCGAUGGUGGUAAGCAAAUUGAAGCUUUUGCUCCCGGCGUCGUCGCUGGUACCGUCGGUGAAAUCGUCCUUGACAAGGCUCCCAAGAAGCUGAUUGAGCUUUACGAAGGCGACCAGUUGUUCAAGACGAUUAAGCUCACCGAAAACUUGCAAAAAGCUGCCGACAAGGUCAAGUGUGACAAGGGUGACACUAAGCAAAUAGUGGCGUUGGCCCUGUUUGACGAGAACAAGUUGUUCCACUUGAACGGUAUAGAAGUCAGAUGUAUUGAACCUGAAGUCGUCGAACCUGAAGUCGUCGAAGAAGAGGUUGAGGAAGAGCAAGAUGACAAAGAGACAAAAGGCACUGAAGACAAGAUUGACGUUGACGAUGCCGAAGAAGAGGAACCCAUCGUCACCAAGCCUGUUAAGAAGCCCAUUGCCAAGAAGCCUAAGCGCCCUGCCAAGUUUUCGCUUCCUGACGACCACCACUACCCUGAAUACACCCCGAUGUCGUCCAAAGAUCAUGCCGAUGUUCGUGCCAAAUUGACGUAUCUUCAAUUAAAGGACCGCGAAAAGAUUCAAUUGGACGAAACUAAGAAUGAAUUGGAGGCGUUGUGCUACCUGUUGCGUCAAGCAAUCGAAGAAAAGGAAGCUGACUUGCUUAAGACGGUGGAACCCGACGACUUAUCUGCUCGCUUGGACUUGGUAAAGGAAACCCUUGAAUGGCUUGAAGUUGAACUGGCUGGUUUGGUUGAAGUCAACGAUCGUUUGGCGAAGAUUAAGGAAACCCAUGAUUUCCUUGACACUCUGCUUAAGAUUGGUGCUACUGACUUGCUGUACGAUGCCAUGCGUCAAUUGCACGAAGACGGCUAUACUGUCUACUCCAAGUUGCUGGAACGGUUAGAUGAAUUGCAAGAGCGCUUGGAGCAGUUCCAACAAAUGUACGAAGCCGAAGGGUUUGAUUGGGAAAAGGAAAAAACCAGAGUUCUCAAGCAAGUUGAUGGUGAAUCUGAAGAUCUGGUCAACAAUGUUCGCAAGAUUAUCAAGGAAUUUGGUACUGAUCUUGCGAAGCUUGAUGAAGAGUUGAAUGCUCUUACUCCUGAAGAGUACAACGAUAAGCUGAAGCAUGAUAUUUACAAGAUCCACAACAAGAUCGCUCAACAUAUGAUGAACUUAUUGACGGACUUGAUGACUAUGGAAGGCGCCGUUAAGUCUAAGGUGGCUGCGUUUGAUGCUAAGUUCAAGACCUUAGUCAACCGCAAGCGUGCCGCUGAGAAGAAGAAGGCUCAAAAGAAGAAGAAGAAGGCUGAAGAGAAGGCUGAAGAGAAGGCUGCGGCGGCCGAAGAUCAAGAGGCUGAAGACGUUAAGAUAAAGGAAGAAAUUCCUGAAGACAUCGUCAUUGAAGAAGACGUUCUUAUCAACGAAGAUAAUAAUGACGGUAGAGAUACCGCCGACGAAGAGAUUAACGAGAAAGAGGAAACCCAAGAGGAACCCAACGAAAAGCCUGCUAAAAAGGCUAAAACCUCAAAGGGAAAGGCGUCUCGUGGUAAACCCUCGAAGGGAAAGCCUCUGAAGGCUAAGAAAGCCAAGGGCCGUAAGGCGCAAAAGGACAAGGCUGCUAAGGCAACCCCUGAAGAUGAGGGCGAUCUUCAAGACGAAUUGUAA